GCGAGCAACCACUCAGCAGCGCCUACCAUGUCCCUAUUCCGCCAGCAAUCUGGCCGCCGCGAGACCUACGUCAGCUCCCCUGCCGCCCAUAUAUAAACGCACGCAGCGGAGCCCCGGGUGCUGCACCUGAGGCAUUCGCUGCACCCCGAACCGUGGCGACCGUGAACGUUUCAACCUUCUCCCCGCUGCGCUUGCUGCGGCAUUACCUCCACGCCCGACCGAACGCGAAAAGUGCGGUCUGCAAGACUGUCGGAUUUGGUGGCGCGAGCUAUAUUACGAUCAGUUUGUCGACGCCCAUCAGGAUUGAUUCGAAGGCCCAGAGCACGAUGGCUGCGGCGCAGAGCGAUGGCGAGGAUAUGAGAGGCAGGACGCAGCAGAGUCCGCUGGCGUCGCAGAGGGCGAGCGAGCAGGAUCAGACGCAGCAGGGACGGUUCGCGCAGUGGUUUCCGCUGGGCGCGAAGGAGGGCUUCAGUCAAUGGUGGGCUGGCACCUCUCCCAUGGCCACCGAACACCGCGUCCUAUCCUUUAUCCCUUACUUGCAGAAGCCGCCUACACAUACGCAAACCGGAUCCGCGCCUGUGUCCGCCGCGCCCUCAUCCGCGGAUCUCACGGCCCCGCCAAAGAACCCCGAAGCUCACACCACGACCUCGAGCAUCACGGACCCGUACGGGCCGCGAAGAUGGAACUCAGAAAUGGUGGAAUUGAGCGGCAAAGGCCGCGCGUUGAACGAGUUCUCUAUCGAGCGGGUGGGUGAAGAGGUGGAGCACAACCUCGUCAUGCUGCACGGCUAUGGUGCGGGCCUGGGCUUCUUCUACCGCAACUUCGAGGCGAUAUCGCGCGCGGAGGGCUGGAAGGUCUUCGCGCUUGAUCUGCUCGGCAUGGGCAGGAGCAGCCGGCCUGCGUUCAGAAUCCACGCCAAGGACAAGGAGAGCAGAAUCAUGGAGGCGGAGAACUGGUUCAUUGAUGCGCUCGAGGAAUGGCGUAUCAAGCGCGGACUAGAGCGCUUUACUCUGCUCGGUCACAGUUUGGGUGGCUAUCUGGCUGUUGCUUACGCUCUGAAGUACCCGGGGCGGUUGAACAAGCUGAUUCUGGCGUCGCCCGUCGGUAUUCCGGAGGACCCUUAUGCGGUUAACGAAGACCUUCCAGACCCGCAGGACUCGACGAUGGCCAACGAAUUCACACAAGACGCUGCCGACACGCGGAACGGCGUGCCGCCCCCGACAGCAGAUAACAACAACUUCCUAAACCAGGCUAAGAAGAAAGAAGAAACAGGGAAGGAUAAGAACCAGCCUCCGAGGCGGCGACUGCCCGGCUGGAUCACCUAUUUAUGGGAGGCCAACAUGAUUUCGCCUUUCUCGCUUGUCCGCUGGAGCGGUCCGCUUGGUCCCCGUCUCGUUUCGGGCUGGACCUCACGCCGCUUCUCGCACCUGCCGGAAGAAGAAGCUCAGGCGUUGCAUGAUUACAGCUACUCCCUCUUCCGCCAGCGAGGAAGCUCGGAAUAUGCGCUUGCAUAUCUGCUCGCACCCGGCGCUUUCGCACGAAGCCCGCUUAUCAGAAGGAUAGAAGGUGUUGGUCGGCAAUGGAUUCAAGCGCACAGUGUGCCGACAGUAGAUGGGGACACGCCGCCAAAGAAGUGCCACAAGACGCGGUCGAAAUCGCCAGCUCCUUCAGAGACCUCGGCAACACAGUCUUUCGCGUCUCGAGAGGGUCAGCGGGAGAAUGGCAUCCCAGUUGUAUUCAUGUACGGCGAAAACGACUGGAUGGACGUUGCAGGCGGUUUCGCAGCCGAAGAGAAGAUCAAGCAGGAGCGCAAGCGAAUACUGGCCACCGCAUCGGCGGAGGAGAGGAAGAGGGACCAGGGCGAGGCGAAGGUCAUCAUUAUUAAUAAGGCGGGACAUCACGUCUACUUGGAUGGCUGGGAGCAGUUCAACCACGUUAUGCUGGAGGAGAUGAGGGACGUGGAGCGCAGGGCGCGACGACUGCUGCGCUAAUGUGCUUUUGAUUCACGAAGGGCGUUUCUGGCAUACACCAUCCCUAGCGAAGGACUGGUUGGGUGUAUCAUUUAGACUUUUGUAGCAGUAGUUCCUGCAUCAGCGUUGACAGGGUUAAAUCUCUCCCCACAAUCUGCCCUCG